GAUUCUAUUGGAUGUACAUGCCACGUCGUCGUGAGCAGCGCAGCGCGUAGGCAGCAGCAUGAGGCGACGAGGACGCUGCAGCCCAAUGCAGAUCUUCCACUCCUCGUCGGUCUGUCACUCUGUCGAUCCGCCUGUCUGUGCAUCUCGAGGGGCUAGAAAGCCGUCGGCAGGCGCUAAGAUUCCAGAGUAGUAGGAGGACGGGGAAUCCGCCCUCGAGAGACUACAGAAGGAAUAAAAGAGCUGGAGAAGAAGAAGAAGAAGAAGCAGAAGCAGAUUUUUUUUUGGAAAUUUGCUCUUCGCAGUUCUGGAUUUGUCGGACGUUGAGUGAUUUGAGUUUGCGACGGUCUGGUGUGUGUAAUUAGGAGCUUGAAGACUUGUUUUCUUGUGUGCUGGAUCCUGUGCGCCUUUGUGCACAUCCGACCGUCCUACUUCUUAAAGGUGAUGCUUCUUCGUGUCAUCUUCCUGUUUGUUUGCAGUUCCAAGGUCGAGUUGGGUGCGGAACGGAUGUGCUAGUGGGGAAUUCCUGAAUGUGCAGGGGAUUGGUUAUUGCGAUCUAGUGUUGUGAGAUUUAGGAGUGAUUUGGAGGAGAAUCACAGCUUCGUAGAGGUGUUAGGGCCAUUGUACUUGCAGAACGCGCUCUGCGAAGUUCAUUUGAGUCGGUGAGCUGAGGCAAAAUAGACGGUCAUAUAUCGCGAUGGAAACUUUAAGAGAGGAUUUGCAGCUCGAAAAGCACAGAGUUACAGCCACCUUCAGUCUUUCAGGGUUGCUGCAGUGGGAAACUGAGCAUUACAGCUUUCAUAAAGACAGCAAAGGCGCCCUUGAUAUUAAAAAUGAUGUCAUUGGUUUUAGCCGAGGUGGAUCCAGCAUUACUCUUCACACCUUCAAUCAAAAAUCUGUACAAUGUUGGGGAAGUGCCCAAAAGAGGGUAGAGCGCGAUGUAACCUUGGAGUUUAGAAGUAACGAGGCGUGCAAAGAUUGGUACAAUGCUAUGCAGCGUGUCUACGAUAAUUCAGGAAGGCCGCGUCGAUUACUGGUACUUGUAAAUCCUUUCGGUGGCAAGAAUCUUGGAAAGAAGGUUUUUGCGGAAGUCGUGGAACCUCUUUUUAAGAAAGCUGGAAUCGAAAUAACAAUGAAAGAAACUGAACAUCACAGUCAUGCCAAAGAACUAGCAAAGUCGGUUGAGUUAUCGAAAUACGAUGGGAUCGUAUGUGUAAGUGGUGAUGGUGUUCUUACAGAGGUUGUGAAUGGGUUAUUAGAACGAGCAGAUUGGGAGCAAGCAAUCCAGAUGCCUCUUGGCAUUAUUCCAGCAGGAACUGGAAAUGGGAUGGCAAAGUCUUUGCUAGAAUCUGGGAAUGAGUACUUUAACCAGGCUAACGCAGCCUUCGCCAUUAUUCGAGGAUGCAAGCAGACACUUGAUGUUGCCACAGUCGUGCAAGGGCAAGUCAAAUACCACAGCAUUUUGAUGUUGUCUUGGGGGUUUGUUGCGGAUGUGGAUUUCGAAUCUGAGAAGUUCAGGUCUCUGGGUGAUCUUCGUAUCGAUCUAUGGGCUGUUGUGCGAGUUCUGUGGCUGCGAGAGUACACCGGAAGCUUGGCUUACAUACCAGCGUCGGGAGCUGAGAAAGCCGGUGAACCUCUGACAGGUCAAGAGGCAACUAGUCUUCUUGAAAGAUCUGGAGAGAGCGAUACUGACAGGACAUGGCGGAAAGGCGGCUACUAUGGGCCGACGGCAUCUCCUCUGCAUUCAUCCGAAUGGCGCUCCAUAGAGGGAACAUUUAUCUACAUCUGGGCACAAAAUGUACCCUACGCCGCUGAAGAAGUCAUGCCUGCACCAAAAGCCAAGUUCAACGAUGGAUAUCUUGACUUGAUCGUUAUUCGGAAUUGCCCUCGAUGGAAGCUUGUCGGCAUCCUACUGGGUAUGAAGAACGGUCAACACAUCAAAUCUAAAUAUGUCCAGUAUAUCAAGGUGAAGGCCUUUCGCCUAGCCCCGGGGGGUAUAGUCGGAGGUAGAAUACAGGGUGGUUAUAUCGAUUUAGACGGGGAGGUGUUGGCAAGAGGGCAGGGUGCAUAUGGCGAUGGCAGCAACGAUCCUAUGCUUUAUGGACCCACCAUUGAUAUCACUGUCGAGAAAGGUCUGGCCACUAUCUUCGUGCCACCGCUGUCGUAGUGGAGCAUGCGAUCACGUGGAUUGUAACACUUGGUGCCGUCCAUCAGUUUUGUUCUCAACGUUCUAUACUUGACGUAGUGUGUAGUUUGUAUUAUGCAGUCUUGAUAGGGCUACACAAAGGUUUAUUCACUUGUAGCUCCUGUGAAUAGAAUGAAAACCAGUUUAGUUCAGUGCCUCAAUUCUUUUUCUUGCUCCACAUCACAGGGAUAAAAAACUGGUCUACAGAUUACUUAUCAAUCAGAUAUUUGUCUAGCUCAGAUAUAUCCAAGAUAGGCCAUGCGCUUCUAUACAGCUUUAUCUACUGAAGAAUCCUUGUCAGACGAGCAAAUGAUGUUUUCGGGACAUAUUCCGAAUUUAGGGUUGUAAAUUAUAGGGUGUAUUUAUCGAAUCAAUAUAUCCUCUUUUCA